AUGAAUCGAGAUAUCAGUCCACCUCCCUCGAAACGACGCAAGGUCGCGACAAACACAGCGGCGUCUCCUGGGCAAACGGCGCCUCCAAGCACGCCCGCAUCUCCAACGCCCCUUCCACCUCUCGACUCAAACACAUUACGCAUCUUCUCUUGGAACAUCAAUGGCAUUGCUCCGUUUCUACAGAAGCCAAUCACAGACUUCUUCCAAACUUCCAAGUCCACGACGGCGCUUAGGGACGAUGCAAAGAACGCGCGACCAGCAGCCUCUCUAAGAGGUUUCCUACACAGACACCAAUGGCCAUCCAUCCUGUUCCUCCAAGAAGUCAAGAUAGCCCACACAGACGAAAAAACCCAAGACGCAGUCAAAAAAGCAGUAAAAUCACCCUUACCAGAAGAAGAAGGAACCCCCCAUAAUAAGCGCCCACUAUACCACGUCCACUUCACCCUCCCCACCGACCUCCACAACGCCCGCGGCCCCAAACGCAGCGGCAAAAUCUACGGCGUAUGCAGCCUAAUCCGGCGCGACCUCUACAUCCCCUACAAAAUCGCCCUCCGCACCGUAGACUGGGACGCCGAAGGCCGCAUCUCCGUCGUAGAACUUCGCUCGAAAACCAGCAGCACCGCCAAACUCGCCAUCUUCAACAUCUACGCCGUCAACGGAACGGAGAACGCGUAUCGAGAUCCGCAGACGGCUAUUGGCAAGGGAGUGUAG